AUGGUCCAAUCAAGCAAUCUCUUCAAAUUUUUCUCCGCAACUUUGCUUUUCGCUGGGUUUGCUCAGUCGCGCGCGAUUGAGAAACCGAGUGUGGGUGCCUGGCCGGCGAGCGCCUCCCCUAGCGUUGGUUUCGGGGAGGAACAAAAGGUCCUUUACCUCAUGACCAACAAGGCAAACAAUUCAAUCGUUGCAAUUCCCAUUGCCCACGAUGGCACCCUGUCAGGCGCAGUUUACACCAGCACCGGAGGCAGUGGUGGCAACUUGGUCAAUCCCAUGACCGGCGCUCCCAAUGUUCCAGAUGCUCUUUCUGUGCAAGAUAGUGUCCGAGUUGUUGGAAACUUCCUUUUCAACGUCAAUGCAGGCUCAGGCACGGUCUCCAUGUUUGCCAUCAAUCCCAAGAACCCCACGGAGCUCUUGCCGCUUGGCAAGCAAAGCUCAAACGGCGAUUUCCCCACCUCGAUUGCCGCAUCCUUGACCAACAAGAAGGUCUGCGUGGCCAACACUGGAGUGACCGCCGGUGUUUCCUGCGCCAGCUUCGACGACUACUUUGGCCUUGGGGAAUUCGACGCGCUUCGUCCGCUCGAGCUUGGCCAGACGAACCCUCCAACGGGUCCUCUGAAUACCGUUGGCGACCUGCUCUUCAAUGCAGAUGAGUCUUUGCUCGUUCUCACCGCCAAGGGCAACGGCAACGCAAACCACACCGGUUUCGUCACAACCUAUCCUGUCACCGAUGGUCGCAUUUCCGUGACCGGAAAGGAACACAAGCCUCCUGGUCUCGGUGCUGAAUUCGGAUCCGCCGUCAUUCCUGGAACUAAGAACCUCAUCCUCUCCACCCAAGCUGAUUUCGGUUCCGUCGUCCUCGACCUAGACCACUUGGAUGCCGCUCCCUUGGCCAAGACAAAUGUGACCGGUCAAGCUGCCUCCUGCUGGGCCCAAGUCUCGACCUUUACUGGCACCGGCUUCAUCACCGACGCCUUGGUCAACCGUCUCGUCGAGACGAAUCUGACCACGGGAGCCAUCGUCUCCGAAUACGUUGCGCCAAACUGGAACCCGGGAAUGACUGAUUUCUUGACCCUCGGACCCAAGAUCUGGGCGCUCAGUGCCGGAAAUGGCACAACACCGAGCAGUAUCGCCGUCUUUGACAUUAGCGGUGGUCCGGGAAGUGCCAAGCAGAUUCAAAACUAUGCCGUGCCUGGCCUUGAUGCCAAUGCAAUGGGACUGGCAAUCUUUUAA